AUGCCUUUACAGGAUCCGCCAAGCCAACUGACAUUGAUAACAGAUGCAUCAGAACAGGGUUGGGGAGCACACCUGGAGAACUGGGAGACGUCAGGGGUCUGGCCGCAGCAAUAUCAACAGAAGCACAUAAAUUGGCUGGAGCUAAAGGCAGUACAGUUGGCUCUUCAAGAAGCUCUGUUUUUGAUAAAGGGAAAAGUGAUCCUUAUACGGUCAGACAACACAACAGUGAUCAGCUAUAUCAACAAGCAAGGGGGGACACACUCACCAGAACUGUGUUAUCUAAUUUGGGAGUUGUUCCAGUGGUGCAUACAGAACAAAAUUACAAUACGAGCUGUUCACAUUCCAGGGAAGAAGAAUUUUCUUGCAGAUGCACUUUCCCGGGGGAAAAUAGUUCGAAUGACAGAAUGGUCACUCAACAAAACUGUUGUAAAUUUAUUGUUCCAACAAUUAGGAACUCCAUGUAUAGACUUGUUUGCAACUGCGCAAAACAAGAAGUUGCCAGUCUGUUGCUCCCCGUUUCCGGACAUCAAUGCUUUUCAAGUAGAUGCCUUAGCAAUGAGCUGGGAAGGGAUUUAUGCUUAUGCAUUCCCACCACCUAUUCUUGUGCCCAAAGUCUUACAGAAGAUACGGGAAGAGGCAACUGUUGUACUACUCAUUGCUCCAAUGUGGCCCAGGCAGUCGUGGUAUCCUCAGAUAAUAGAUCUUCUGAUCGAUGUACCAGUCAAAUUACCACUGUGGCCAGAUCUUCUGUCUCAAAAUCACAAUCAGAUUUUUCAUCAAAACCUAGAAACUCUCAGUCUUGUAGCAUGGAAACUGUCAAAAUGCAACACAAGUCAAGAAGAUUUUCUGAAGAAAUUGCAGAAAUUAUGGCAAAUGCCAGAAAGACAUCUACACAAACAGUUUAUGAUGUAA